AUGACACCCCCCCUUCCACCCCAGCGUGCUUUGCUCUACGCAUCGCUUCUGGCGGAAGAGCUCAGCGCGUCCACUCUCGCGGCGCUGCAGGAUUUCCUUUCCGCGCAGGCCGCCGCUGCGCAGCAGCAGCACGCGCUUUCUGCGCAGGCGGCGCAAACCGGCUCCGAGGAAGGGGGGCGCGCGGGCGGGGAUGAGGCUGGCGGAGCUGCGCGCGAUGGGGAAGGCGCGGGGGUAACGGGGGAACAGGAAGCGGUUGAAGACGCGCUGUUUGCGGAGGAUUGGGGUUUAAGCCAGUUCUGGUACGAUGCACACACGUCCGCGACUGUGGCGGCGGAAGUGGCGCGGUUGAUGGGCGGAGACGCUUCUUGCGCGCGUGCUGACGAGGAGGAGAAAGGCGGGGAGGCGGAGGAAAAACCGCGGGAAGAAACGGACGGGGAAAGCGCGGGGCAAGGAAAGGGGGAAGAGGAAGGGGAGGGGAGCGUGGGCAGCGGAGGCCGCAGAUGUUGCUGCGUGGCUUGCCCGACCUUAUUCCGCGAAUUAGUCCGGCGCUACCCCGCCAUGGACGUGCAUCUGCUGGAGUACGACCGGCGUUUCGCAGCCUUUGCGCCGCGCUUCUCCCGCUACGACUACCGCACGCCCCUUGACGUGCCUGCCUCACUGCACCACCGCUUCGACGUCGUUGUUGCUGACCCGCCCUACCUGAGCGAGGAGUGUUUGGAAAAGACAGCGCAGACCAUGAAGCUGCUGGCCAAGGAGGACGACUCCACUGCCACCCCGCCCAGCCUCCUCCUCCUCACAGGUGCAGUGCAGGAGGAGGCAGCGAGGCGGCUGCUGCAGCUGCGUCCGGCUGUGUUCCGUCCAGAGCACCGCAACAAGCUCGGCAACGACUUCCGCCUCUUCACCUCCUACCCGCCACCACAGUCCCUUGGUGGCUGGGAGCCUGAUAGCUAG